UGAGGGGACAGCCAUUUGUAGUGGUGUCCGAAACCAUAGUGGACGUUACUGAGUCCACUCAUUCAAUCCCACAACUUGAAUGAAUUCCCGCGUUUCGCCUGAAGAUGGCGCCCCCAGCUGAAUCAUUCAUCCAUACCUUUUUCCAAACCGCUGAUCCAAUGUGUCUACAGAGUGAUAUCCAUACAGGUACCAAUUCUCUAUGGACAGUACAGAAGAUAACAGCUCAAACUGGGGGAUCUGUUACCAUUCCCUGUCACUACCAUCGAACGUACAGAUACCUUCCUAUGUAUUGGUGCAAAGGAAAGAACUGGAUUACCUGCAAGAAAAUGCAACCUACCAGCCAAGAGAAGAAACCAGGCAUCAGCUUUUACGACAGCCCAGAUGAACUGGUAACAGCCAUGACGAUGACAAACUUAAGCAGCAGUGAUUCAAAUCGCUAUUGGUGUAUUGUGAGGACUCCAGGUUCCCGAGCUAGAACAUCUCUAGAACUUACCGUCAUUGAGGGUACUCCAGAUCUGUCAGUGGCCAGCAACUGGGUGUCAGGUGAAGAGGGCGGCAAUGUUACCGUCCAAUGUCUCUACAGUAACAAACUUAUAGAUGAUGAGAAAAAAUGGUGCAGAAGUGGAGAAUUGCACUCCUGUCAAACAGCUCAGGAUAUAGAGCCGUCCCCUGGUGCAGCUCUACAGAUAAAUGAUACAAAUGAUGGUGUUUAUACAGUGACACUGACAGGACUGAAGAAGACAGAUUCAGGCUGGUUUUGGUGUAUGGCUGGGGGAGUGCAGGCUCCUGUUCAUAUUAAUGUACAUUCAAGGCAACUCAUUACAGAUGCCAACACAAGACCUUCCACAUAUACCACAGCUCCAUCCUUCACUUCAGCUGUGGAUGUACACAACCAUAAUUCAGUCACUCCUGUUGUACCCACAAAAUCACAAUUACCACAAAGUACUUCAAUUCAGACUGAAAACCCUGACCAGACAUCUACAGCAUCACCAAAGCAGUUUUAUUCUACAAUAGAGUCCUCAACCUAUCUAACUACAACAGAGAACUCAAAAGAGAACCCAUCUCACAGCAGUGGUACCAUUAGGACACCACUAACCAGUAGAUCAGCCACUCCAUAUGUUGGCAGUAACUCUACAGUUACUGUAUCAUCUAAAGAUGUGAUAUUUGAACCCACACCCACUUAUGAAAGCAGAGAGCUUAAUUGGGAGAUUGCACUAGUUUGUGGAGGACUGCUUAUAUUCUUUAUGUUAUCUGGAGUUUCUUGGAAAUUGUGGUCAUGGCAUCAAAAGGAGAUCACAAAAGAGGAAGCAACAGAAAUAACAACAGACCUCCAUACAAAUGACAGAAAUGAUCUACUGGCCAAUGAAUGGACAAAUACUUCAGUUGUGCAGUUCAGCUCAGACUCAAACGCUGUCCUAAUAAUAUAAACUGUUGUAAAGUUGAGACCCCUGGAACACAAAGAUGGACUAGAGCAGUGGUUUUCAAUCCUGGUUCUGGGAACCUAUCACUCUGCUCAUUUUGUAUGGGUGCGUCUCAAUCAGCUCCCUAGCUUGUGAAUAUGUAUAUCGUGUACACAAAUUUGGUAAUGGUGACUGAGAGGACAAUACGGACCCAGGCUCAUUACACACUGGGACACUGAUGGUGACAUGACAACACCCUUGUUGUACAACGUCAUUAUUUACAACAUAACAGCAGAACAAAUAUUUUCUGACAUUUUUUUGUUUUGUUAUUUUAAGUACAUUAUUGUUACAUAUAGCUAAAUGUUAGCUAGAUUAUGUUCAUUACGUGUCUAGCGAUGUAUGAUUAUACUGAAAUAUAAUUAACCCUCAUCUUCUCCUCGCAAAUUGUAACAUCCAGAAAGCUUAUUUCAUUCCAUUUUUAUAUUUUUUAUAUUUUUUCUGUGUUUAAUACUCGAUGAUAUAUAUAUAUAUAUAUAUAUAUAUAUAUAUAUAUAUACCUUUACUAGAUUUUAUCAAUAAAUAAUACAUAAAAUUUAUGCACAUUCUUCAAAUUUAUUCAACUUAAAUUCAAAAUAACUAUCCAUUUCCAUGCAUAACCCUGUAAAUUCAGCUCAAGAUAUCUUACAUAUUAUUUAAUGACUCUUGCCACUAGAUGGCCUUAUUAAGCAAAUGAAAAAGUUGUUCUGCAUUGUAAAUGUGUUCAAAUCUAACCACUCAAUACCUGUGUGCAGUCUGCAUUGUGACUGAUUUUUAUUUGAAAAAAUUGAAGAUAAAACAACAUUGCCCCCAUUAUAUGACCUCUUGUUCAAUUUACUGGGAAUUUCUAGGUGUGUGUGUGUGUGUGUGCAUGUGAAUGUGUUCUGCAUUGGGGAUGCAGUCUAUAGUCUCAUGCCUUCAUUUGUGUGUGUUUGUUCUUCUAGAUUGUUCCAGAUUUAUUUUAUAUUUUUCUGACAAAUAAAAAAUCCUCACAUUCCAUUAA